CUUCAUUCUUUUCUAAAUUGCGUUUCUUUCAUUUUGAACUUUUUUUUUUUAGUUGCUCCUCAUUUUCAUGCUUGUUCAACUUCCUGACGAAAUACUUCUCUGUAUCAUUCAUCACUUAAAGUCAGUUACUUGCAUUGAUCUAAUAUCAGUGGCAAGCACAUGUCGGCGUUUGCGACAUCUCGUCGGCGAUUGGACCUUGUGGUCCGACAACAUCAGCAUAACGACAGCACAUGCCAGCAAUGAGAUGCUGGACAUCCUAACGGAUAUAUUCACCGAUUCAUCGCUUCGACGUUAUGGCAUAAAAAGUUUGGCCAUGAUCAUCAAUCGAAAUGAUGCUUCCGUAUGUCAGUUUCUCGCUGCUUUGCUUGGUCAACAACAGCACGACAUCACUUGUUCCAGCCUUCGUUUCGAAGCCCCAUGGACGGUUCAUGACCAACUGCUAGGAUUGCUUUCGCAGCAGGAUGCCGGCCUCAAAAGUAUUCGGGAGGUAUCGGUGAGUGACCCUGACCAGGUCUUUUCUACGUUGAGCGAUAUGUCAAGAAACCCUGUGAUGGAUUGGCUGGUCCACUGUCAGUCUAGUUUAGAAAUAUUCAAUGUGGCCUCGUUACCAGCAGACUGGCUACUGUAUUACAUUCCUCGCAAGGAUUUGCAAUUCCCUAAACUCGCAUCCUUGACAUUAGCGCUUCGGUCAUUUUUCUCCUUGCCAGCAACUGAGGAAUCACGGCAAUGUUAUUGGCAACAGUUCAAGCACGUGUUUCCGAAUUUACGACACUUGACUUUGCAUGUUGCACCAGACGACGCUACCUGCCUAAUUAAAACUUUAUUGCACACCAAAUCUCUGUUCCCCUGGAUCCAAUCCAUCACCAUCGUCAGUCCAUCGGAUCUGAAGCAGGUAUUCCCUCCCGCAGAACUUCGAGCCAUCUUAUCCAACUUGACCGGGUUGACACGGGUCAAUGUAGGAUGGGAUAUGAUGCUGGUCUGCUAAUUUACUUUAUCACUUAUAUUCUCCCGCCAUAAUGUCACAAUCCCUGUCACUCAUUAACCUAAUGAAGGGAAAAAAAAGGACAAACACGCCAUAGACAGUAGAACGUUUUCCUCCUUUUUUGUCAAUCCCUGCAUAUUUGAGUAAAAAUC